AUGACGAGCUCCAACUGGGGAUAUGAUGACAAAAACGGUCCUGAACAGUGGGGCAAGCUGUACCCCAUUGCAAAUGGAAAUAACCAAUCUCCCAUUGACAUUAAAACCGGUGAAACCAAACAUGACACCUCUCUUAAGCCUAUCAGUGUCUCCUACAAUCCAGCCACAGCCAAAGAAAUAAUCAACGUGGGACAUUCUUUCCAUGUAAACUAUGAGGACCAUGAUGACCGAUCAGUGCUGAAAGGUGGUCCUCUUUCUGCAAGCUAUAGGCUCUCUCAGUUCCAUUUUCAUUGGGGGAGCACCAAUGACUAUGGUUCUGAACACACAGUGGAUGGAGUCAAAUAUUCUGGAGAGCUUCACAUAGUUCACUGGAAUUCUGCAAAGUACUCCAGCUUUGCUGAAGCUGUCUCACAGGCUGAUGGUUUGGCAAUUAUUGCUGUUUUGAUGAAGAUUGAUCAAGCCAAUCCAAAACUGCAGAAAGUGCUGGAUGCCCUAAACGCAGUUAAAACCAAGAACAAACGAGCCCCAUUCACAAAUUUUGACCCUUCUAUUCUCCUUCCUUCAUCCCUGGAUUACUGGACCUACCAUGGCUCUCUGACUCAUCCUCCCCUUUAUGAGAGUGUAAGCUGGAUCAUUUGUAAGGACAGCAUCGGUAUCAGCCCAGAACAGCUGGCUCAGUUCCGAAGUCUUUUGUCGAAUGUUGAAGGCGACCAAGCUGUCCCCAUUCAGCACAACAAUCGACCACCCCAGCCUCUUAAGGGCAGAAUAGUGAAAGCUUCAUUCUGA